AUGGAAAGAGCAAGGGCUGCCCUCGCCGUCGCCGCGCUGGUGGCGGCCUCUUCCGCCGUCUCGGCCUCGGCGCUCGCGGGCAGCCCGGCCUGGCGCGCCGGCGCGCUGCUGGCGGGAGCGGAGUUCGCGGCGGCGGGGCAGGUAGACGAGUCUGAAGGCGCCGCUGGGCGCUGGUGGCUCGGGCCGUGGAGGAACAAAAUGCGUGGCGCGCCCGACGUCGGGCUCAAGGACCAACGACGCCUUGACGAUGGCACGACGACGCGCGAUGCAGUGUGUACAGUAGCUCGCCCUCGCGCUUCGCCAGAAACCGUGUCGGUACCACGCAGGGGUUGCAAUCCUUUCAAUGAUAAGGUGACAUGCGCAGCAGGCGAAUAUGCGGCCACACACUGCGAGUGCGAAACAUGCUCCGCUGGCACGUACUCGGCGGAGGGAGCCGACGAGUGCACGCCGUGCGACGCCGGCACGUACGCCGGGGCUGCGGCCGGCUCGUGCACGUCCUGUCCCGCGGGCACGUAUGCGGCGGCGGGAGCCGACUUGUGCACGACUUGUCCCGCGGGCACGUAUUCAGGGGUCGGGGCAAGUUCGUGCACGCAGUGCGACGCCGGGUCGUUUUCGGCCGCAGGACAGGGCGACGAUGCGUUUAGAGGCGCGGAGAUCAAUUUGGAGGCAGCUAUAGAAAGCAGCAGCUCGGAGUGCUCCGUUACGGGUGACGGCGAGCUCUUGCUGACGGGAAAUGAUGGAUGUUCGCUCGACGUGCCGAUCACCUGGAACUUUGAAGGCUCCCUUGUCGUCGAGUUCGAGACGAAGGGCUGCCUCGAUGAGGAAUGUGACCCAGUCGGGUCGGCCACUGCGCCGCAUUGGUUCUUCGAGCCGUUCCGUACUGCAUUAGGCUCGACGGGUCGCGAGCCGCCCGAUCUUUGGUGGCUCUCAAAUGGUGAUGGCCUUGGCGACUACCAGUGGGAUAACUCUGCGACAGACAGGACCAACUACGGUCCAAACGGACUGGAUCCUACACAGUGGCACACGUGGCGCUUUGUUUUUGCGGCGAGGGAAAACUGCGUGUACCUGGACGAGUGGACGGUCGACGGCGCGGAGAUCAUCACGUUUACCCGCUCUUAUUGUUCCGCGUUCGGCAAGACAACGUACCUCGGACUAGCUACAUGGGGGGGCACCUACGCGUAUCUACGCCGAUUUGCCUCGGGAAUCGUUGGUCCGCAUGGGCCGUGCACGCAGUGUCCCGCCGGUACGUUCGUUGAGCCAGGGCAAGGCCAGUGCACGCUCUGUCCCGCGGGAACGUACUCGGUGGGAGGCGCCACCGAAUGCACAAAGUGCGGCGAGCCUCGCCGCACACUUUGGACGCAAAUAACAUCGGGGGACUACUCGUGGGAAGGACAGAAGGCGACGUGCGCGGCGCUCGGACUUUCGCUCGCAACGUACAGCGACCUAUGUCCAAACGGGGAAGACCCCUCGCGGACAGGUGCGGUCGACCAGACCGACGCUUGGAUUCCCUACUCUUCGGAUUGCAAUGCUGAAGCACCUAUCAAGGCUCCGGUCAACCUCGCCUCUGCUAUCGGCAGCACCUCGGGGUGCUCCGUCACGGCGGGCGAGCUCUCAGUGAAGACCCUCGGGGCAUGCUCGCUCGACGUUCCCGUCACGUGGAACGAAGGCUCCCUCGUCGUCGAGUUCGAGACCCGCGGUUGCUACGAGGCCGACUGUACGACACCCGUGACUGGACAGCAGUCGAGCAUAACGCCGCAUUGGUUCUUCGAGCCGUUUCGUUCGUCGUUGGGCUCGACGGGUCGGGAGACACCUGAUCUUUGGUGGAUCUCUGAUGGAGGGAGGUAUGGCCUUGGCGACUAUCAGUGGGAUAACUCUGCGACAGACCAGACGUGGUACGGUCCGGCAGACGUGGCAGACCCAACGCAGUGGCACACGUGGCGCUUGGUCUUUGCGACGAGGAACAAUUGUGUGUACCUGGAUGCGUGGACGGUCGACGGCGUGGAUGUCCUUACGUCUAGCAGAUCUUAUUGUUCCGCAUUUGGGACGACGACUUACCUCGGCUUUAUGGCAUACAGCAACACCUACGCGUACGUGAGGGGCUUCUCGACAACUAGCUCUUUCGAAGUCAACGACAACCAAUGGCUCCAAAUGGGCUCACUGGAAUCCGGGUACACUUUUUGCGCCACGCACCACGCUACCGGCUGCGACGGCAUUCCAACUAUCGCAGUUUCUAACCCAUGGUGGGGCACUGGUUCAUCGAAGCAAACUUUCCAGUUUGAUAAGGUGAUGUGCGUGGAGGACGUCUGGGACCAGAGCCUCUGGGACGUGGAACAGAGCGGCAUAACAAGUGGGGAUAAGUGCGAGUGCGCCCUGAGCAGGACCGGUACGAACUGCGAGCAGGAGACCUGCGCGACCACUACGCCGGCGGUGUCGCUCGGCUUCCUCCUUUUGGAGGUGCAGUGGCCGCGGCACGCGCGAAUGCUCUCGAGAAACGAAGCCUUCUCGGGCAUCUCGGCCGCGUUCCGCGCGUUCGACGCGAACUCGGACAAUCGUCUGAGCGUCGACGAGGCACGGCAUGCGCUGCGGGACGGCGGCAUGGCGGUUCCUUUUGAGGUGUCCCACGUUUGGUCCCGCGUGGAAAACGGGGCGCGCGUGGAAAUCCACGAGGCUGCUGACUCCUGCGCCGAGGACUGCUCCGUAGAAGGCCAGUACUGUCCCUCGAGCGGUAAAUGCUGCGUUGGUUCGACGUGGGUGGCAGCAGAAACGUGCAGGGGUGACGUGACUAUUACGGACAUGAUCCAGGACGAGCUCGCGCGGUUGGAGGCGCAGGGCACGAAGGAAUUCUACGAACGUUCGAUGAGCGCCGGCGCAAUCGAUACAAUGACGGCGACCUAUCCCAAUCCGCUCACUACGGAGGAUGAGUGUGAGGACCAGCACGAGGAGCAACCGCUCCUUGAGUGGACCGUCGACCGCGGCGACAACACCAUCUUCCAGCAGUGUGCCUUCUUUAACGGUGAGGCGCCCUCUCGGGACACGGAGCUCGAUCUAGAGGCGUCCAUCGGCACCAGCUCGGGGUGCUCCGUCACGAGUGACGGCGAGCUCUUGCUUACGGGCAAUGAUGGAUGUUCGCUCGACGUGCCGGUCACGUGGGACUUCGAAGGCUCCCUCGUCGUCGAGUUCGAGACCCGCGGCUGCCGCGAGGAAGCCUGUACGACUUCCGUGACCGGAGGCCAGACGAACAUUUUACCGCAUUGGUUCUUCGAGCCGUUCCGUUCGUCGUUAGGCUCGACGGGCCGCGAGCAGCCUGAUCUCUGGUGGAUCUCAGAUACAGCUACCUAUGGCCUUGGUGACUAUUCUUGGGAUGACUCUGCGACAGACAGGACUAACUACGGCCCAAACAACGUGGCAGACCCGACGCAGUGGCACACGUGGCGCAUUGUUUUUACGACGAGGAACAAUUGUGUGUACCUAGAUGCUUGGUCGGUCGACGGCGUAGAUGUCCUUACGGCCACUCGCAAGUAUUGUUCCGCGUAUGGCAAAACAACAUACCUCGGACUAGCCACAUACGGCGGCACCUACGCGUAUCUACGCCGAUUCUUCUCAAAAAGCAGCAACAUUCUCGCCAAUCUAGACGAGUACGUCUCGAGCGGGAGAAGCAAUGUCGAUUCUACGGACUGCAGCGGGACAGACGGAGCUCAAGUCUGCGAAUUCGAGUUCUAUCUGCCAGACUCCUACCAGGUCAAAAGCUACCACCAGCAAGCGGCUAUUGCGGCUCCGGUCAACCUCGCCUCUGCUAUCGGCAGCACCUCGGGGUGCUCCGUCACGGCGAGCGAGCUCUCAGUGAAGACCCUCGGGGCAUGCUCGCUCGACGUUCCCGUCACAUGGGACUUCGAAGGCUCCCUCGUCGUCGAGUUCGAGACCCGCGGUUGCUACGAGGCCGACUGUACGACACCCGUGACUGGACAGCAGUCGAGCAUAACGCCGCAUUGGUUCUUCGAGCCGUUUCGUUCGUCGUUGGGCUCGACGGGUCGGGAGACACCUGAUCUUUGGUGGAUCUCUGAUGGAGGGAGGUAUGGCCUUGGCGACUAUCAGUGGGAUAACUCUGUGGCAGGCCAGACGUGGUACGGUCCGGCAGACGUGACAGACCCAACGCAGUGGCACACGUGGCGCUUGGUCUUUGCGACGAGGAACAAUUGUGUGUACCUGGAUGCGUGGACGGUCGACGGCGUGGAUGUCCUUACGUCUAGCAGAUCUUAUUGUUCCGCAUUUGGGACGACGACUUACCUCGGCUUUAUGGCAUACAGCAACACCUACGCGUACGUGAGGGGCUUCUCGACAACUAGCUCUUUCGAAGUCCUGCCCAUCAGCAAGCAGAGCUACUGCGUCGAGACGAAGUUUUGCCCCAGCGGCACUGCGGUCUGCGACGCGACUCUCGCCGACCCAGCUCUCACGGUCACGCGCUGCACGACCGGCCUUCAGUACGACGGGACGCCUGCAGAUAUUUUUCCGCGCAUGCUGGGCAACGAAGGCGUGUCCAUCAGCUGGCUCGACACGUCGACAGUCGCGACGGGCUACCGCGUCUACAAGUACGAUGCUUCUGUGCCGUUCGCCACGGACACGUCGGCCCGGCUCCUGAAGGAGAUCUCCACUUCUGCAUGCGGUCUCACGCACAACUAUAUAGAUUUCCGCGACGUGACGACCGGUUCGGAGCCGGGCCUACAAGUGGGCUACGCAAUCGUGCCGCUCGACGACGCCGGCAAAGAGGUCAAGGACAAGGCCGGCGUGAGCGGGGGCAGCUCCGCGUCGUUGUCCUCCGAGAGGCGCCGACGACUCAGUUCUUCGUCGGCGUCGGCCUCGUCCACGACAAGUGGCUUUAUUGUGACGUGGUUUGGCGAUAUCCGGGUGAAGGUGGAAGCCGAGGGCGGCGGGCCAGUCGAGGACGUUACCGUGAAGGUUGCCCACUUGGUCAACAACGCUAUCGACCAGAAUUAUCAGAUGGGCUUCGUCACUGCGCAAACGGACGAGUACGGGGAAGCGCUGCUAAAUAUUCGCGUCGAAGAUACGUCGUGGACUACCCUCACGCAGCACUUCCGCGUGGAGGUCGAGAAGACGUCAAAGAACGCGAACAAUGUCGAUGUAAUUCACGGCUUCUCGCCCCCUUCCAAGGACUUGUCCGUGAAGCACCUCGGCGAGACCACCUUUGAGUUCACUGACACGACGGUCAACAUCAUCUCCGGUACCGUCUCGCACGCCGGCCUUGACGCCAAUUACUUCGCCGCCGACUGUCCACACACGAAGAGCGAGGACUCCAGCGAGUGCAUGUGCCCCGUCGACGGCGCGAAGGUGUUCAUCAUACGCGCAUCUGGAGACCACGAAGAAGUGACAGUAAAUGACGGAAGGUUCGCGACUGCAGUUCUCGAGGACGAGCAGGUGACGCUCUACCUGGGCAGAUACUACGGCGUUGGUGUGAAUUCGGACUGCGAGAAAGUCGAAAGCCGAGACUAUGACCCAGAUGAUAGUAGCCUCGGGAAACUUCACUGCAUCGAGCUGCCGGACAAAUCCCUAGUCGACGUUGUCGCGGUGACAGGUACUCCGACCUGUGAUCACACCGACGUUAAUUCUUGUCCCGCUGGCUACGACAUCUGGGUCCCCCGGAGCUACGAGCACGCAAAGGCGAUCUGGGAUGAUACGAACAUUAAUAGCAAUUUCAAAAAACUCGUCGGCGUGUACCGCGAGCAGGAUGGGGCUCAUUCCGAAGCCAUUACAUAUGCGAUGAACAGCGACGACUCGGGAGCCGUCGCCGCCGGCUGGCGGAGCGUCGCAGGGUCGCCGUGGUUCCUGCGAGAAGCUGAGGCAUCAGGAUACUACACUGAGCCGGACGGCGGGACAUCUGCAGGGAACUACCAGGCGGGCUCCUGGAUCACUAUCACGGGUUGGGAUGAUACUCUAGGGUUUCAGUUUGACGACGCUCCGAUUUUGCCGGGCCAGAGUCCGGAACAGUGUUUCACCGACUACCUCUGUAGCCGCGUGAGCCUCCACGCGUUCUCGGUCACCCAGGAAUCGGGGGACUCCCUGAUUAGCAAGCAGGACGGCGUCUUGCCGAGCUUUACGUACAUGGCGACCCAAGACGCCGUGGUGCACUUCGUCGACGAUAGUAUCCGGAGCCUCUCUGCCAGGCUCGUCCACGGCGCAGCCCCGGCCCCGGCAUCCUACGUGAACGGCCUGCCGGUGGUCGCGAGCGUAGCGCGCUGCGGCUGGGAGAAACCAGUUUGGACGCUGGGGGGCGUCGCCGACUUUGGCAAUGUCGGGGCCGCCGCGGUCAAGGUUCGCACGCUUGGCGCGGACGAGGUCGACAACUCGGCGUACUACUACCCGCUCAGUGAUCUGUCUAAUGCUGGCCAGGAGUUAGCGGUCCCCGACUGCGAUGAGGAUACGCUAUCUCGCGACGACAUGGUCGGAACACUCUUCGUGACCGAUGCCAGUGGCACCCAGAGUACUGAAGAUAUUAUGCUCCGCGGCUGCCGCGCGAAGAUCCCCGAGGUGCGAGAGUGCGGCGAAGGUGAAACUCCCGCCAAUAAAAAGUGCCAGACCGAGAGGCUUCCCUGUGCAACCAUGGACCACACCUACGUGGACGAGCUGCCGGUGACUCGAAACUUUGACAAGGACCUCUCGGACCUUACCAACCUCGAGCCGGUUGACUUCGAGAUCAUUUCGCCGCUCUGCCUGGACUCUGUAACUGUGUCGUCAAGCGGAAAAGCAGCCGAUGCGGUGACCGAUUUGAUUGUCCAGAAGCUCAUCGACCCUGGUGUAGACAAUGCCGGAAAACCACUUCUCCGGGAUACCGCUGCUUACCCUAUAGACGGCCCGGAGAGCAUGCUGCUCCUGUCGGAAUUACCCGAGCCCGAGGAGGAUGGACUGUAUGGCAAAGCUUGCACCACGAACACGGGCGCAAUCUUCCGCGAGGGCGACGCUGUGGAGCUAGAGUUCAAGCUCGUGGAGCGCGAGCCCACGUGUCCAGGCAGCGGUCUUUAUCCGUGGGAUAUAUGUAGCAGCUACAAUGACGUUUCCCUGCCGGCGCAUGAUAGCCUACCGACGGACCGCCAGAUCAAGAUUCGAGUCGCCGACGGUGUCAGCGGAAUCGGGGACAGCGGCGAAUAUGCUGGAACCGCGACAUUAAAACACACCAUGACGGCGGGCAAGCCGAACCCGUUCGCGCCGUUCUCGCACGAGCUGAGCGUGGAGUUUACUCGGGCGUUCGACAACGCCAAGAUUCUGUUCGUGCGCCACGUGCUGGUUGUUGGGUCGAUUCCAGAAGAGGUGCCGCAGGUCUGGACAGCAGCCACGAAUCCGACGCUGAUUUUCUCGAUCAUCCGCGACCCGCCGGGCGGCGAGUCGACGGCCACACUUGUCGAAGGCUCCACCAUCUCGACGUCCAUGGCCAUCGAAGGCGCGCACGCCGCCCAGCUGGAAGACUCUUUUGAGUUUGGCGCUUCGGUUGGCGCUGGAGUCGCUGUGAAAGGAGGAUUGGGCGUCGGGGCGUUUGUGAUUAAAAACGUUGCCUCAGUUGGCCUUAACGCCGGCUUUUCCUACGCGCACACGCCCACGGACGUGACCGUCUCGCGUUCAACUUCGCGGCAUUUCGACAUCGGCAUCAGUUUCUCCGUCAGCAUCAGCACGUCCGACUCGCCCUACAUCGCGGGCCAGCCGUCCGACGUGAUCAUCGGCGGCGGCGCGAACCUGCGCUUCAUCUCGGCCAUCGAGAUCUAUGCGAAGGUGGAUCCCGACGUUACUGGCGGCCUCUGUCUUGGCGGCCUCACUGCCCUGGAGUUCCUACCCGAGCAGAUCAGCACGUGGGUCAUGAGCGUCUACGAGAUCGAGAAGACGAUCGAGCGCAUCGGUGCGGCGCUGACCGAUCCGAACACAAAGAUCGAGGCGAAGGGCGGCGGGCCCGACCCGCGCGACGACCUCGUAAAGCAGAUCGAGAACUGGCGGACCGUGCUCGCGAACUACAGAGCCGCGACAAUCAAGGACCAGGCGCUGUCAGUCGCCGAGCAGCUCAAGGACGAGUUGGACAUCAUCCACGAAAACUUUCAAAGCUUUCUACAGGCUGCAACCACGGGUGGUUUUGAGGCAGAUCAGUUCUCUGACUUUUUGUCACAUGGUCUAAACGAACUUGAAAAGCACAAGUUAAUCUACCAUCGGGAGCAGAAUAAUCUGGGACCGGUGGGCGAUACAGCGCUAAGCGAUGCGGAAACGAUGGAGGAUGUCGCGGACCGCCCUCGGCUAGAGCUCUACGAGAACGACGUUUUGGACCGAGUUAAUUCUGUAUAUAGCGACUGCAUCGCUAGCGUUGAACUCGCGGAGCCCGGCGGAGGGGCCCGGCUGUGCAGUGUCUACAAGGAGAUCCAUGAGAAGCUCGAGCUCAAGUCUUCACUGUUCGGCAUUUGCGACUUAAAGGACGGACUGAACGCGGUAGAAGCGUUCUGCACAGUGCUUUUGAAUUCAAUCAUUUUCUUCGCGGGCCCAUUCGACCUCAGGUUUGAUCUUCGCACAGGUUCUGCAAGAAAGGCCCAUAUCGGGCGGAUACGGGCAACUACGAGGACAUCAGCGCUUUCGACGCGCUAUCCGACACCACGCACUUCAUCACGUUCUCUGGGACCACGGGCAUCGAACUCAGCUGGGAUGUCUCGCAGUCUCGCGGCCAGGAACUCUCUUCGACGCACGACGGGGCCGUCAACGACGCAAUAGGCGGGAGCCUUGGGUUCGGUGCCAAUAUCGGGCGGCGGCGCCUAGAGGCCACCGAUAAAGGCGUGCCCGGCUAUGCCUACCCUACGACUGGAAAAGUGCUGGCCGUGUCCAAAAAGCUGCUGGAGGUGACGCCGGAGGCGCUCGAGGAGAGGCGGCGGCUAAAGGACAAGCUUGAUGUAGCCGCUGUAAAUGCGGCUGCGAACAAGAUGAAUGAACCCGACGACAGCAACCCAUGCCGUCGGCGCUUGACCAAAAUGUCCGACGAAGGAGGCCGUCGCCUCGGCAUCACGGCGUGCGCCGAUUUCGAAGGCGGGACAUCCUCUUCAUUCGAGGUAUCGUUGGGACGCGCCGCGAACAAGGAGGCCGAGCACACGCACUCCGUCGCCGUCUCCCUGAAGGACGGAAACGCGCAGGACGUCUUCGCCGUGAAGAUUUCGCAGGACUCCACCUACGGCACACCCAUAUUCACGACAAUGGGAGGCCGCUCGUCGUGCCCCGGCGAGACGGCCACGACGCGGCGCGACUCGCGCGUGACGAUCAAGGAGAUCAAGCCUCUGUGUGUCUCCGAUGCUGAUAUCAAAGAAAGCGCCGAUACUGGCGAGGCCCUUUGCAAAAGCAAGCUGACGUGCGAGUGCAAAGAUCUCGAGCCCGGCCAGGACGCCAUUAUCUCCGUGGUGCUCCAAAAUCUCUCGCCCUGGGUGACGAGCGUGAGAUACUUGCUCCGCGCGGUGAACGGCGCCUCGACGGCGUGGGAUUCGGGCAAGUACGCCCGGCUUGUUGAAGAGGCGUGCCCCCCCGGCGACCUCGGUUCCUUGCUGAUCAACCCUCUUGGCUCCGAUUCCGGUGACCUCCGCAACGGCGCUGGCGAAGAACUCGCGCCGCUUCCCUACGGCCAGUCCGAGAUUCGGCUUCUCGUGUCUCGACGCGACUUCACGCCGCAGUGCCGCUCGUACUCAGACCUCGAGCUCGAGCUCGUUGCGGUGUGCGAGGACACGGACUGGGCCAACAAUCAGGACGUGUACCAGUACCAGGCGCACAUGGAUCCUGAGAAUGGCGCUGUUAGCGUGGUCCACCCGAAGUUUGUCGGGCGGCCCGUCGGUUUGGACCCCGGCAUCACCUUAGUUGCUGAAUGUGCUGACGAAGAUUCGGCUGGAACAGACUGUCCUGCCGCGGGCAUCGUUGAUCUUGAUGGCAUCGUUGCUACUACUGGUGCCGGCGCAGGCACCACUCCCGCUUCCACGUAUCAUGGCGACGGUAAAUGGUGCUACUCGGACCUGAACCUGGCCGUGGACUGCACGCUGUCUCCAGCGAGUUGCUGGUCGAAGUGUAAUGAAAAAAUCGAGGUCCUUAACAAGAUCGAGAAGGUUCCCUCGAUGGAGUCUGCAGCCGCGCAAGGCUGCCCGAUCUCGUUCAUACAACAGACGGAUGACAAGGGUGAGGAGUUUAAGUGCUCGCCAGUCGACGGGCCCUUUGAGCUCAAGGCGAUCGACUGGGAGGAGGUGACCGGGCAAUGCCGCUGCCAGAACGGCUGCGAUUGCCUGGUGGACGACUUAGUGACUUACGACGUCACCAAACCCGCAGACCACAAAGACUACAAGACGCGCCAAACGACCACCCACCUCCUCACGAAGAAGGAUGAUCUAACAUUUCCAGAAAAAGAGAAAGAAGAGGACGAUCAUGUCAGCUUCGCUCCAACCGCCAUGCCCACGGAACGGGAACAGUUGUUGGCGAAGGACCCAUGGGCCCCAUACAAACACUGUGACCUCUACACUUUCACGGACGCGUCGAAGGCCAACGGCCCCGACACGUCUAGGAAGACCUUCGACGUGUCCUGGAAGGAAGGUGCUGGCGAAAAAGACCAGCUCGCUCAACUACUCGAGAAUCAACAAGAGCUAUUCGAAAUGGUCCGACAAAUGCAAGAAGAAAACGAGGAAACGGCGGCGGCGUCGGGCAGCGGGCUGGCCGUCGGCGCGGUAUUCUUGCUGGCCGUCGCCGCCAUCGGUUACUACAUGUACCAUCGCCACCAUCAGAAAAUUGCUCAGGUCGAGAUGGCUCAGAGACAGCCGACGUGGGACGACGCCGCCCGGGCCAACUACGACGCCAUCGACGUCGAGACUCACGAAACGAACAAAGAAGACCAGGACACCUUCGAAAGGAACGUCGAGGUCGACGUCGAGCUCGAGGUCCAAAAGGCGCCGCCACAGCCCUCCGCCUAUCCGGGCGGCCAGUCUCUGCCCCCGUGGCCGUACCCCGAGACGAGACCGACGCCGGCGUCCUACGACCCGGCCUGCAUUCUCAAGGUGUCGUGGCCGCGCGACGCCGCCCGGCCGACGGAGGACACGCUGCGCGAGACCUUCGCGGCGCUCGCGCCCGUGCUCAACGUCGGUCUCGGCAGCGGCAACGCCGCGAUGGUGGUGUUCAAGGACGCCGCCGGCGCGCGCGCGGCCGAGGCCGCCUACGACGGGCCGUGGCGGACCGCGCCCGCCAAGCCCCCCGCGGCCGCCGCUGAUCAGCCGCCGCCGCCGCCCAAGACGGGCGAGGUGUGAUGGCCUCCUUAUAAGCUCGCUGGACUCCCCUCGUUGUAUCGCCACGGUACAUCGGCAAACAGCGACUCCCUUUCCCCAUCAGCUCCCGUUGCACCCGGGCCGCCCCCGGUGUAGUAUCCCCUAGUAUAAAGAGAUUAACAGUUUC